AUGGCGGAUCUGGUCUGGUUCAACGGGGGCAACCUUUGGCAGGACACUUCGCAGCAGGAUGUGUCGCUGCCCGAGCAGCCCAUGAGGACUGUGAUGGUUGCAAAGCUGGAGGAGCUGAAGCCGGCAGUGGAAGCACAUAGCGCUCUGAAGUGGGACGACCGCUUGGCGGAUGCCUGCGGUUGCGAGGGCAUCGUGCUCCAAGACCUCGAACAAGUGGACGGCGCAGCCCAGGUCGAAUUUCCACCAUUGAACAUCAAAGCGUGGCUCCCAACAAGCAUGCUCCGAGAACUGACGCAGCCGGGCAAACGGGUGAGGGCCUGCGACACCGAGCAGCUCGCAGAAGCCGUAGAGGCCCAUUCCUCGCUGAAGUGGGACGACCGAUUGGCCAAGUUGAGUGGCCAAGAAGGAUGUGUGGUGCAGCACGAUAAGGAGAAUGCCACUCCGGCCCCCCCACCAAAGAAGUCGAUGGCAGCUCCGCCACAGGCAAAGCAUCCUACCGAGGCUGUGAUCCCGAAGCCACCCCCAAAGUUUGGCAUCGGGGCCCCACCUGGUUUGGAGCCACGAGGCGUGCCGGGGCCGCCUCCUAUCCAGGCCAGCGAUCUGGAUGAGGCGAAUUUUCCACACGCUCGCGCCGUCGACUGCGCCAAAAGAUUGCGUUUGGGGGUCAAUGUGUUGUGUGGGCAGGGGGUUGCAUAG